CACCUGCUGCACGUAGUGCGUUUUCCCAACCUGAUGUGCACGGGCAGCUGGGGGCAGGAGGGCACCUGCUACGCCUUCCAGGAAUGCAUGGAGAGGGGAGGGACCGCCUACGGACCCUGCGCCUUCGGAUUCGGCGUCUGCUGCUCGCUGACCGCCAGCUGCAACUCCAUGAUCACGCUGAACAGCACCUACUUCAGCAGUCCGGGCUUCCACGCUGCCCCCGGUGCGACUCAGACGCCGCCUAGCGGUGACGGCGGCGCGGGCGGCCAGUCGAGCUGUGCCGUGCGAGUGUUCAAGCUCAGCGACCGCAUCUGCCAAUUACGGCUCGACUUCGACGAAUUCGACCUGGAGCGGCCCACGGUCGGCAACUGCGACGGCGAGAAGCUGAUCGUGACGGGACACAACGCCAAUAACGUGGUGCCGCCUUUGUGCGGUCUCAACACCGGCCAGCACCUGUACAUCGACGUCGACAUGUCGCCUGGACCAGUGACUCUGUACGUGGAGACUAAUGGGACGAGAAACAGCCGUUGGAAUAUCAAGAUAUCACAGAUCAAAUGCGACAGCCCCUCCAGAGCGCCUUCAAACUGUCUGCAGUACUACACUGGCACGACCGGCAACUUCAGCAGUUUCGACUACGCCGAGUCGCAGGAGAUACCCCCGAGGCGCGGCUACCUCAACAACUUGGACUACACAGUGUGCUUCAGGAAAGAGGCCGGCUACUGCUCCAUUACCUACUCCGUGCCUGGAAUGAAUGUGCCCUUCUCGAUACAGAACGUUGGUGCAGACAAUGCACCCACAACGAAUGAAACGGAAGCAGGCCUGGGAGUGACCGAGUGCACCAUGGAUUACCUGCUCCUCGGAGGUGUCAGGUACUGUGGCACCAAGCUGAACCCGUCUACUGAAAUGCCCAACCCCGUUAUCAACGCACCAGUCACAGAUACGACAUCUGGCCCAUUCAUGGCAAGAUUCGUGUCGGACGGAGCAUUGAAUGCUCGUGGCUUUCUGCUAAAUUACAUGCAGAACCCAUGUUGACGGGCUCGGGAAACACAAUGUUGCUUCGCGGUGGAUGCAAGUCAGCUUUCGGGAAACUGUCGACCGCAGUAAGAUUUAUUUAUUCCGAUUCAAGGCUGCAUAUUAGGAAUAAAGGCACGAACGAAACUGAUAAAAGACUAUUGUUAGUCGUACUGCCGAGCUUGAUAGAAGAAAGGAUGACGUGACGCCAAUACGCGAUAUCAGAGCCAACAGACAUAUUUCCGUUCGCCGUUAUUCAAAAUCACAAAUAGAGGCGCUUUGUUCCAAUUGAUAUCUUAUAGUGACACAUUUUCAAUGCCAUCCUCAAUGAAACAUACUCGAGCCCCAGCUCAAGCUGU